CGUCCUAGCCGAGACGAACACGACUCGGAGAUAAGGCGGUUAACUUGGUACUUCUUUUAUUUUUGUUUGUUUCUGGGGAAACUGUUCCUACCAAGAAACCAACCAUGGCAUCAUCCAUUUGCCUAUCGUUAUUGCCGCCUUCCAAAACCCUAGCGCCGGGUUCAUCCACUUCCAGUAUACGCCGUUGCAGAUGCUCCCUCGUUGUCUCCUUUUCUAAAUCCCAUAAACUGACGAUGAGAAAGAGGCUGCAGGUGGUUUGUAUGGCUCCCGAGGAAGAAAAAUUGACUCGUCGCAAUCCCCUCGAUUUUCCCAUUGAGUGGGAGAGGCCUAAACCUGGACGCAGACCUGACAUAUUCCCUCAAUUCAGCCCUAUGAAAACACCAUUACCACCACCAAUGCCGUAUGAUCCCCCUGAAGAAGAUGAAGAAGAGGAAGAAAAGAAAGAGGAAGAGGAGGAAGAUCCUGAAAAGGAAGAAGAACCUGACAACCCUGAGAAACAAUAGUUAGUAUUUUUGCUGCUACUUCAAUUUUGCUGUUUUUAAUAUUCAAUGGUGGUUACCACUUUGCUUAUGUCCUUAUAAUAGAUGGAGUAGAUAAGAUGUCACAGUCAUCCAUUUUAGAACAUGGAGUUGAGUGGUAUAACCAUAUUCGAGUUGAGGGGAUUGUGCAGGCAUCUUCUUGGGAUUUUAUUGUCUUGUUAGGUUAAUAUAGGGAAACUUAGGUCAAAGUUCCUGUUUUAGAGUGUUGUAAUCCUAAGUCUUUCUUAUAUGAUUAUACUAGUUGCUUUCGAAUACCUUGUUCUUAGUUGUUAUGUUCUUGUUCAUUUGUUUGCGGGACUAGAAUUUAUUGAUAACAUGAAAUUCAAUGUUGUCAAAUUCUAAGUUUGAGAUUUUGAGUGCAAUAAUACAACGAAAGGGUUAAGAGUUCA